AUGGCCAACCAAACCCCUGAUUCCUGGGAGGAUGAACUUUCCAGACAGGCUGAGGGUGUGAACCUGAAUGCCCGCGCACAAUCCCGCCCUCAGCCUGGUGCUGCUACAUUCCAGCCUGGUGCCGCUUCAUUCCAGCCUGGUGCUUCUUCUUUUGUUCCCGGACAGAGUUAUCAGCAGUACGGCGGAUACCAGCAGUAUGGCCAGUAUGGCCAGCAGGCCUAUGGUGGCUACCCCGCUUAUGACCAGCAGCAGCAAGGCUAUGGUCAGUAUGGUGCCUAUGCCCAGCAACCUGGUGGCUACAACCAGGUUUACAACCAGCAGUAUACUGGCCACAACCAACAACAGCAGUAUUCUCAGCAACCUCGUCAGGCCGCCCCUGUAGCGGCAUCUAAGCCCGCUCAACCUGCUCCCAAGCCUGUCUCGCUCCCGUCCGCCGCUCCCGCUGCCGCUCCCACUGCCGCUCCUAAGGCGAAGGUCCUGUCUAUCGGCGGUGCCAGCGAUUCCCCCUCCGCUCCGAAGACCAAGGUCCUCUCGAUUGGAACUCCUGCUGCCUCGAAAACUCCGUCGAGCGCCACCACACCUGGAGAUACCAAAGGCCCUGCCGCUGCCGACGCAGCGGCAAAGGUCACAGCUGCCAAGGCCAUUGAGAAGACGGAAAAGAAGGCAGAACAAAAAGCAGCCGCUAGUGGCAAAUCGUCUCCUACUCCCUCCGGCAGAUCUAGCCCAUCUCGCGGCGAGGGCGCCAAGACUGGUCGGGACGCUAAUGCUGUUGCCAUUGAGCAGCAAGCAGACGUCGACGAGGAUACACUGAAAGAAAUUUAUGGUGAAAGAAAGGAGCACGUGAACAUUGUGUUCAUCGGACACGUUGAUGCUGGAAAGUCCACCCUCGGCGGUUCUAUUCUGUACGUCACCGGCAACGUGGAUGAGCGAAUCCUAGAGAAAUACAAGAAGGAUGCGAAGGAAGUUGGCCGUGAGACUUGGUAUCUUUCGUGGGCUCUGGAUUUGACCAACGAAGAACGAUCCAAGGGUAAGACCGUCGAGGUCGGUCGUGCUCACUUCAAGCUCACUGUCCAGUCUCCCGACGGUCCAGUCGAGAGACACUUCUCCAUUCUUGAUGCUCCUGGUCACAAGUCUUAUGUUCAUCACAUGAUUGGUGGUGCCUCCCAGGCCGAUAUUGGUGUGCUUGUUAUCUCCGCACGUAAGGGAGAAUACGAGACUGGUUUCGAAAAGGGUGGUCAGACCCGCGAGCACGCUCUGUUGGCGAGAAACACUGGUGUCAAGAAGCUGAUUAUUGCCGUCAACAAGAUGGAUGACCCCACUGUCGAGUGGAGCAAGGCUCGUUUCGACGAGUGCACAGUCAAGGUCUCGAAGUUCCUUGAGGCUCUUGGUUAUAAGAAGGAAGACAUCACCUGCAUGCCCAUUUCUGCGCAGCGAACUACGGGUAUCAAAGACCGUGUUCCCAAGGAACUUGCGCCUUGGUACAAUGGUCCUUCUCUGCUCGAGUUCCUUUCUAAUAUGAAGACUCCUGAGCGUAACAUCAACGCUCCCUUCAUGAUGCCGGUUAGCACAAAAUACCGCGACAUGGGAACAAUGGUUGAGGGCCGUAUCGAAGCCGGUGUGAUCAAGAAGAACGCCACCUGCAUUAUGAUGCCUAACCGCACCAAGGUGGAGGUUACUGCUCUCUACGGCGAGACUGAAGACGAAAUCGCCACCGGUACCUGUGGUGAUCAGGUCCGCAUGCGUCUCCGUGGCGUUGAAGAAGAAGAUAUCCUGCCUGGAUUCGUGCUUUGCUCUCCCAAGCGUUUGGUGCAUUGCGUUUCUGCUUUCGAGGCUAAAAUUCGUAUCCUUGAGCUUAAGAGCAUUCUUACCGCCGGCUACAACUGCGUUAUGCACGUGCACUCCGCUGUCGAGGAGGUCACUUUCGCCGCCCUCCUUCACAAGUGCGAACCUGGAACUGGACGUAAGAGCAAGCGCCCUCCACCAUUCGCCAGCAAGGGACAAACGAUCAUUGCUCGUCUCGAGGUCACCAGCAGUUCAGGUGCCGUUUGUGUCGAGCGUUUCGAGGACUACAGCCAAAUGGGACGAUUCACUCUGAGAGAUCAGGGACAAACCAUUGCCAUCGGUAUGAUCACCAAGCUUAUCACCGAAGACAACUAG